UCAAACUACUCCUAUAAAAAAGAUUCAUCUUAACGCUGAUAUGUCAAACUCCUUACAAAUCAAAAUAUAAAUUUGUCCUUGCUGUCAUCUCAUUUGAUUAGCCCUGCUUCAAAUUUUGUUAUUUAUUUCUGAUUUGUAAAAGGAAAACACGAAGAAAAUUUAAAUGCUACUUAAAUAUUUAGCCAACAAAGCAUAGAUAACAAUAAAAAAAAACAAAAUAAAUAUAAUAUAAUAAUGAUUAAAGCUAUUCUAGUAUUUAAUAAUCAUGGCAAACCACGCCUUUCCAAGUUCUAUCAAUAUUUUAAUGAAGACAUGCAACAGCAGAUAAUUAAAGAAACAUUCCAAUUGGUAUCCAAGCGUGAUGAUAAUGUUUGCAAUUUUCUAGAGGGAGGCAGUUUAAUUGGUGGUUCGGAUUACAAACUUAUCUAUCGACAUUAUGCCACCUUGUAUUUCGUGUUUUGUGUGGAUUCCUCAGAAAGUGAAUUGGGUAUUUUGGAUUUGAUACAAGUUUUUGUGGAGACACUUGACAAGUGUUUUGAAAAUGUAUGUGAACUCGAUUUGAUCUUCCAUGCUGAUGCAGUGCAUCACAUACUGUCAGAACUGGUAAUGGGUGGCAUGGUUCUACAGACAAAUAUGGCUGAUAUUAUGGCACGUAUCGAAGAACAAAAUAAACUUGUCAAAGCGGAAGCGGGUAUUUCGGCUGCUCCAGCUAGAGCUGUGAGUGCGGUGAAAAGCAUGAACAUUCCACAACAGAUUAAAGAUAUUAAACUGCCCGAUUUGCCACAAGCCAUUAAAGACUUAAAGUUCUGACCAGGGCAAAGCUCGAAUUCAGCCAUUGUAGAUAAUUUUGUGUUACAACGUCUCACUUCUCCCUCAACCAUAAAUCCCACAUCGGCUUUUAGUUCUUUUGCGGCGUAUGCCUUCAACAAUUCGGGCAGUACUAGCGGUUAUAAUCAUAAUUCUUUAACACUAAAUAACAAAAAUGUCUACGCCUCCUCCGUAUCUCAAUUUCUCAAUCAAAGUAUCUAUGAACCCAUAGAAGAUGAUAACUAUUCUCCACAUAUUUCCACAACAUUUCCUAAUGCCGAGACAAUUGCUUCUGCUUUCAAUUAUGACUAUUACCAGUCUCAAACUUGCAUGGAUCCCGAAACCUGCAAUUCCUUCGAAUCCAAUAACAUAUUGUAUCAGCAGGAGAAAAGUGUUGCCAAAAAUUUAGCCGAUGUCGCCGAAGCCCACGAACAGAGCAUGAAAUUAUUUCGAGAAUCCUUUGAUCUGGAUGCAGCCAGACAACCUUUAGAUACGGAAGCAAAGAAAAAACAUAAAAAAUCAAAACGUUAUAAUAAUCAUUAAAUAUAAAUGAUUGAAAACCAAACAACCGCAUACAAAAAGAAAUGUUGAGAAACAAAAUGUCGAUGUUGUGGUCCUCACAGUUUACAAUUUAGUUUAAAAAACGUCCUAUAAACUCUACUUAUUAUCUAUUUUAAAGAAAUGUAUAUUUUUAUUCUAAAAAAUAAAAAUCGUCUAUUAAGUUUA